AUGAUUAAGUGUUUGUCUGAAGAGGUACAGGCCAAGCUUCGCUCUGGAGUCGCCGUCUCCUCACUCCAGCAAUGUGUGGAGGAGCUCAUUCUUAACAGCGUCGAUGCUGGAGCCACAUGUAUGGGGUUGAGAACGGACAUGGGGGCGUUCAAAGUUAGGGUGAUUGACAACGGCUCGGGGAUUGAUACCGAGGACAUGGAGGCCGUCGGGAAAAGGUACUUCACCAGCAAAUGCAGCUCCGUUGAGGACUUGGAGAAUCUGAGAUUCUACGGAUUCCGAGGGGAGGCUUUGGCAAGUAUAGUGUCUCUCGCCUCACUUGUCGAAAUAACAUCGAGGACCAAAUCGUCUGUGAAAACACAAGUGAAAGUGUUCAAGGGUGGCAAAGGUUUGGACGUGUUUGAAGCUGAGACCGCCCGUCCCUCUGCCGGGACAACAGUUGUUGUUUGUGACUUCUUUCACAACAUGCCUGUGAGGAGGAAGAGAAUGGAUGCCGUCCUUGAAAGUGAGCGGAUCAGACAGAGGAUAGAGGCCAUCUCUUUGAUGCACCCUGCUGUCUCAUUCACACUGAAGAAUGAUUGUACGGGGGACAUGAUAGUGCAGCUCCCCAAAGCUAGAGACACCUACCACAGGUUUGUUCAGAUACAUGGUUUGGGACGAGCACAGAAACUGGGAGAGAUCAGCUAUGCUCACAGACAGUUUGAAGUAAGUGGUCACAUUGGCAGGGAGGGCUAUUACAACAACAGCUUACAAUUCUUGUUUGUAAAUGGCAGACUCGUUCUUAAAACACAGAUCCACAAGCUGCUGAAUCUUCUGCUACGCAGUCUGAGAAGUUCAGGUCAAAAGAAUGACAGUCCAGAUGGACAGUCUGCCAUCAGGAGUCCGAAGCAAAAAAAACGACAAGAGCUUCAUGGAAUGUACAUCAUUAAUAUUAAAUGCUGCUAUUCAGAGUAUGACAUUUGUCUAGAGCCUGCCAAAACUCUCAUUGAGUUCAAAGACUGGGAUGGUAUUUUGCUCUGCAUAGAGGAAGCGGUUAAAAUAUUCCUGGUCAGAGAGAACUUGGUGGCUGAACUCUCUCAAGAUGACUGGGAAUAUGCAUCUCCCAAAUUGUGUGUUAGAGCAGUCACAGUGCAAGAAGGGAAGGACAGUAGUUCAGACAUCCAGACGUCCAGAAUAGAAUCCACAAUGGAUUGCAUUAUUGGAAAGACACUUGCAUCCGAGUUUGUUCAUCGCAGGUUCAAGGAAGAUUGUUUACCUGAAAACAGUGUUGAACAGAUGCAUGCUCCCAUAGAUAACAAAGAAUAUAAGGGCAAAGAUCAUGUGGAGGAAAGAAGCAAAGCAAAGGAAAAGAAACAAGACCAUAGAUGCACAAACACAGUAUACAGGGUAGAGCCACAGUGUAAUGUAGUCACAUUAAAGUAUAGACUGGAAGCAUGUUCUGAGAAUAACAUGACAAAAGAAGAUGUGCCAAACUCCAAUGACUCUGUGGAAGAAUCUCAGAGUUUUAAAUGUCUGUCUAGUUCAGUCAGUAAGCUAGAAAGCAGUAGUACUGCCUCAAAAAGUAGUAUUACGGUAAUGCAUAGCAGUGCACAAGAAGCUGAACUUAAUUCAAACUGUAUUCCUCAAAUGCAAUUUCAUCACCAGAGCACAAACAGUUGUGGACAAAGACCAUCAGGGCACAGAAAGAUCAGUAUAUCGAAUCCAUAUGUUCAUGAAAGUCUAUUGGCUCUGGAUCUGGACCAGAAGAAUAGGCCAUCAUUAAGCCGGCAAGUUCCAGGGCAAAAAUGUCAAGAUAACUCCUGCAUUUUGAAACGUAAAUUUUCAUUUAUACAGGGCUCAGGUCAUUUAAAAGCUUGUCAAAAAGUAUACAGUGACCUUCCCCCUGCUGUCUCAUCAAAGAUUCGCAAGAUUACAUCAUAUCAAAAGUUGUCUUUAAUUAAGGAGGCUGGAUCUCUUGACACAUUUAGAAGAAUGUAUAAGAAGUCUAGUGAAAUAAAAUCAUCUUGUCUGGACACUGAUGACAGUCUCUCGCUGACUCAUGACAGAGAGACUCAGAAUUUUCCAUUUGGUCAGAGAGAGGAACAAGAGAGGGACGUCACAGAAAUACAUGAAAUUCAGAGUGAUUGCCAAAGCUCCCCGACCGUUACUGUGUUCACCAAGUUAAAGCCAAUCUCACGCCACAAAAAAAGCAGCGGAAUAUCUUUAGCAACAAAACUCUGUCAUUUGAAACAGCACAGGACAGAGGUGUCACAGAGCACACAAGCAAACCCUUCACAGGCUACAUCACUGGAGAAUAGCUGUCACUUGAACUCUCAGGAUGAUAUCCAGGAUAGCAUCACCGAUGACCAACCCUGUCCUACUGCACCGAAUCCGGAACAUGACCCAAGUUGCCAUACAAGUCCUCAGAUGGCCAAGUGGGACGAGUCGGCAGCAUCUGGUGACUGGUUUCACCACUAUGAUGACUCUGUUGGAAGGAUGAUGUACAUCAACAAAGUCACGGGACUCAGCUGUUAUGAUGAACCACCUGUGGAAGAAACACAAGCGCUCUGCACAUCAGAUGUCACCAACAUGGCAGUUAGUGUCAUCUCCAGAACAGGGGAUGAUGUUGAGAACUCCAACUCUCUUUCCUCCUUGUACUCUGAAUGGAGUAACCCUGUGUUUGUCAGACCUCCCAUGGUUGGUGUGAAUAUAUCAAGUGGGCAAGCUGAUGGCCUGGCUGUGAAGAUCCACAACAUCCUUUUCCCAUACCGAUUCUCUAAAGCCAUGAUUCACUCAAUGAAGGUUAUUCAUCAAGUGGAUAAGAAGUUCCUGGCGUGUCUUAUCAAUACUAGAGACCAACAGCCUGUAGGAGAGCCUGAAACUGAAGGAAAUCUUCUUGUGCUCGUGGAUCAGCAUGCUGCGCAUGAGAGAGUUCGCCUUGAGAAUCUCAUCGCAGACUCCUAUGAAGAUAACCCAGAUGCACCUGGAGAGAGACGUCUGUGUUCAUCAACCAUCUCACCACCACUUGAGAUUAGUGUAACAGAAGAGGAGCUGAGGCUGCUCAGGUCUUGUCAGCCACAUUUGAGAGGCCUUGGCCUGGAGGUGGUGUUUACAAAGACCAGAGAGCCACAACUGUUGGUCAAGAAGGUACCACUGUGUUUCACAGAGAAAGAGAGCAAUGAACUCAGGCGGGGGAGACGGUCUGUGAUCAAGUCUACAGUUGAGGAGUAUCUUCGUGAGCACAUUGAGUUACUCCGCUCAACUGGUAGUGUGAAAGGAACACUGCCUCUCACUGUCUUAAAGGUGCUUGCUUCCCUGGCAUGCCAUGGUGCCAUCAAAUUCAAUGAUAGUCUUAGUUACAAUGAAUGUUGCAGCUUGGUGGGAUCCUUAUCUUCCUGCCAGCUACCAUUCCAGUGUGCCCAUGGCCGUCCUUCCAUUGCUCCCCUGGUAGACAUCCUUCACUUGGACAACGACCCAGAGGUAUUACUGCUAAUGAGGGCAUCUGCUCUUAAUUCAGCAAUUACAACAUGGAACAGCACACGUUACAAUUGCUUGAUAACCACCCACCACAUCAUUUCAUCUUUCUCAUUUGACCAAACGUUCCUUAUUCCUGCAGGAUUUUCAGAAGCCCAACCUCCGGAAGCUGAGAAAAAUGUAUAAAGCAUGGGAACUUUAUGGAAAGGUCUAAAGGGGGUUGUGUAUUUU